CAUGAGGACAUGUCAUGUCAAGUUAAAGAGAGCAUGCUUCAAAGUUAAUUUGAAAGCUCUGUAUGAAACACAAGCAAAAAUAUUAACGAAGCAGCAAACCAUUAUACGAGAGCAUACAGAAGCCGGGCGGUAAGAGGUAUUACGCCCGGAAAACCUAUUCAUAAAAUAUACGUGCCGCCCAAUCUUAGAUAAAAAUAAAGCACCCGAUCGAGGUUUAUUUGAGGUGAAAAAGAAUUUGGACGAAAAAGAUUCAAUCAAAAGUUUGCGUGAUGGUAGUGCAAUUGAAAACGUUUCGCAUGGUAUCUCAUAUUACCUCUUAGGUAUCCUU